UUCUCUAGUAAAUAUACUCUCACUCGUCACACCAAGGCAGUCAAUAUCUUGGCUGUGAAUAUGCAUGGAACAUUGCUCCUUACUGGAAGUAAUGAUAGUCAAAUAGUAAUAUGGAGCCUGUUGUCCGGUGAAAUGAUUCAGGAAAUAUUUACACCAGCAGCAGACUAUAUCAGUGCCAUUACCUGGAUGCACAUCAACAAUCAUAGUGAAACAUCAUUUGCAUUUGGUGUUUCGGAUGGCAACAUUCAAGUUUACGAAUGGAGCAAUGAUGCAUUAUUCGAAUUCUGGAGUACUACCAUCAGUCACUCAAGUGCGGUGGAGUCGCUUGCUUGGGAUCCUAUCCGUCGACGACUGGUGAGUGCCAGUGGUGAAACUCUUGUAUCUAUCACCUUGCAACCUGAAAAGCAGCCAUAUGUUGCACAUGCAGUACACUUCUACGACAACGGUGCUUCCCUUUUGGUGUCAUUUCUGGAAAGCGGUGAAAUAUUCUGCUAUUCUAUUGAACCUUGGGAUUUAAAGUGGCGCAAGAAGGUGCAGGGAAGAAUCGGCAAUGCCUUCCUCGAGGGUAAUUUCCUCCUUGUGAGCAAUCUCAAAGACAGGGUGGAUAAAUAUGCCAUUCCUACCCUACAGCGGGUACAGUCCUACAACCAUGUGAUCCUCUGUAAUGUUCCUCUGCAAAUCUCCGUUGCUUGCGAGGCGGGACUUGUUUUUGUUGGAGGUGAUGAUGGAUUUGCUUGUAUAUUCAAUUACAAUACAGGGGCAUAUCGAGGAUAG